UUCGCAGUUUUACGAAAGAUCUAUUCGCAAGCGCGCGCAAUUCGACUGCAAGUCGGCCAAAUUUUAAUCAAUACCUAAUAAGAGAAAUUUUUCGUAAAGUAAUAAUUAAAGUUCUCAUAUUAUAUUUAAACGCUUAAACUGUAUGUGAUACGGAAACUAAUUCGAAUCAAAAUUAAUUUAAUCCAUCCUUAUGGAGAUACCGCACCCUCCAUAUAAUCUGUAAGUGCACACGGAGAACAUUUUUGGGAACGUGAAGAACGAAUUAGCUAAUAAACAUGUUGGCUUAUAAGAGAAGAUAGGAAAGGUGGUGGACACCCCGACGCUCGAAUCAAAAAUUGGCAUGCCGAAACGGCUUCAGAUGCAAUCUUGUUUUAUUUAUAAGGGUCGGCCCCAUCAAUUGUACAUUUAUAUUUCAAUUUUGAUUGACAUUUUACUAGUGACCUCAGAAGUAAAAACAGAUGGACUUACAACGAUAUCGCCCACAUCCACCUUUCCCCCCAACUUUGAACAUCGCGGUGCCGCAAGGCAAAUGUACGGCUCCGGAUCACUUCGCCCGCCCGGUUCCAUUCCGACCCACAUUGCUCAAGGGAAAAUUAUAAAAGGAAAUCCAUCGCAAAUUAGCAAUCGGCGACGACAGUCUCUGCCAGUAUCUUUCUCAGCCAUUCCCGUAGUCCCUUUGCCUAUUCCGAUACAUGACUUCGAUAGAAUUCCAGAUGGUUAUCCAAUUUACAUGCCAGAUAGUAUGCUAUCACCCUCCCGAGGCGGAGGUCUACAGAGACCGUCGAAUCGGGGCGGUAUGUACGCAGGGAGGCCCGAGUACCCCUGGGGACGGCCAGAUCACGGAAUUGGCAGGGGUAGAAAUCCGUUAGAUCACAGUUUUAUGGGCAGGGGCGUUGGUUUUGAGGGAAUUAAUUACGAGAAACACUACGGCAAAGCGCCGAGAAGAGGAAGCGGUGCCGGUCAUGGUACCGGAUACAUGAGAGUGCCUGAGGAUGAAGAUAUUCUUCCGCCGGAAGAGGAUGAGGAAUACGAACACCCCUGUGGGGGAGAUUGUGCGAGGAACGAAUUUUUGUGUCUCAGAAGUUGCACGUGCAUCAAAAACAUUGACAGAUGUGAUGGUGAUUUCGAUUGCGAAGGAGGCGAAGACGAAAUGGAAUGCAGUGAGAUGGAUGGUGCUCAAAAUUUAAAGUGCGAGGAAUCGAUAAAACACGUUCGCUGUCCCAGAUCUGGCAAAUGCAUUUCUAAGGAAUGGCUUUGCGAUGGGGACGACGAUUGCGGAGAUUUCUCUGACGAAACUCAUUGCGGUGUUACCGCAAAUUGUACAGAGGAUCAAUUUGAAUGUGCAAACGGCCUUUGCAUUCCAAAGACUUGGAUUUGCGACAACGAUAAUGACUGCAAAGACUUUUCUGAUGAACUUAAUUGUACUAAAAGUGGUUGCACCGAAGAUGAAUUUACUUGUAACGACGGUUCCUGUAUAUCGCUGAGUUGGAAGUGUGACAAGGAACCAGACUGUACAGACGGUUCGGACGAAGCCGACUGUGAUAUCGAACCGCCAUCCUGCAAUGAAGGAGAAUUUCAGUGCACUUACCAGAAAUGCAUUAAAACUGAAUUUAAAUGUGACGGUGAUGAUGACUGUGGCGAUUGGAGCGACGAAGAUGACUGUCCUAAAACUCCUGGAAGCUGUGUGUCCGGCGAAUUUAAAUGUACGAGCGGAAAGUGUAUUCCAGAACGAUGGAAAUGUGAUAAACAACAAGACUGCGAAGACAACGAAGACGAAGCGCACUGCGAAGCUACCUCAACGAAAACAUGUUCCCCUGAAGAAUAUGCCUGUAAUAAUGGCGCGUGCAUUUUGGAUACGUGGGUAUGUGAUGGAGCUUCAGACUGCAGUCAUGGAGAAGAUGAAGCGGACUGCAAAAUUGUGUGCGACCUAACGAAAUUCCCAUGUUCUGGCAGUGACACAAAUAGCACGCUCACAGAAUUUUGUAUUAAUAAAAAGCAUGUAUGUGAUGGACAACGGGACUGUCCUAAAGGCGAGGAUGAAGCUGACUGUCCCACAAAGCGUGAAUGCGAAAAAGAUACAAAGUGUGCGCAAGCUUGUCUAACAACUGCAGAUGGGAAAAAUGCAUGCAGUUGUUUUCCUGGGUAUCAAUUGGCGACAGAUGGAUUAACAUGUGACGAUGUAAAUGAAUGUUUGUAUGAAACCGAUCCUGUAUGUUCGCAAACUUGUAAUAACACAAUUGGCAGUUUUAUUUGUGGUUGUAUGACUGGAUACAUUUUAAGGCCCGAUUUACGUUCCUGUAAAGCUUUAGGUGCACCACCGACGUUACUUUUUGCGAAUCGCAUGGACAUAAGACAGGUUUCUUUGCAGGUAUCACUAAGCAAUACAAAAUAUACUGCCAUACUGAAAGGGUUACACAAUGCAAUUGCGCUCGAUUACCAUUACGAAAAAGCUACUAUAUUCUGGUCGGACGUAUCUAUGGACGUGAUUCGGAAAGCAUUUAUAAACGGUUCCGGAAUUACUGACGUAAUUAAAUGGGGGUUGGAGUCACCAGGUGGCGUGGCUCUAGACUGGGUCCACGACCUACUAUUCUGGACGGACUCUGGUACCAGAAGAAUUGAGGUGGCUACUUUAGACGGAAAGCAGCGAGCGAUCGUAACCGCAAACGACUUGGAUAAACCGCGAGCAAUCGCCGUACACCCGGGCGAGGCGCUUGUUUUUUGGACAGAUUGGGGACCGACCCCAAAAAUUGAAAAGGCGGAAAUGGACGGUAGCAAUAGAAAGAGCAUUGUAACGGAAUCGGUUUUUUGGCCAAACGGACUUACGCUAGACUACACCACAAACAGGUUGUAUUGGGCUGAUGCAAAGCAUAACGUCAUCGAGUCCGCGUUUUUUGACGGUACCGAUCGGAAGAAAAUCAUAAGUAAAGGUCUACCACACCCUUUUGCUUUAACAUUAUUUGAGGACGCGAUAUACUGGACGGAUUGGCAUACGAAGUCCAUUUCAACCGCGAACAAAGCGACGGGAGCCGGGUUUAGAACCAUUCACUCAAAUUUGCAUUUUCCAAUGGAUAUACACAGUUAUCACCCUCAAAGGCAACCGUCAUAUAAAAAUCACUGUGGAGUAAAAAAUGGAGGCUGCCAACAUAUGUGUUUGCCGAAUCGCAAAUCCUUCACUUGUGUUUGUCGGAUGGGUUUAAAAAUCAAUGAAGAUGGAAAGACAUGCCAACAACCUGAGAAGUUACUGAUAUUCGCCCGUAAGAAAGAUCUUCGAAUUAAGCACUUGGAUAGUAGUGCUGUACAUCAGCAUGAAAUGGUGAUUCCAGUGGAUGGCAUCAAAUCCGCAGUAGCUUUGGCAUGGGAUUCGGUUACGGAUUCGAUAUAUUGGACUGAUGUAGAGCGAGAUACAAUCAACAAAGCACAUUGGAACGGAAGCAACCAACAAGUUUUGGUGCACACUAACAUAGUAACACCCGCCGGUUUGGCACUAGAUUGGAUCACGCACAAAUUAUACUGGACCGAUUCCGGUACCGCACGAAUUGAGGUAUCCAAUACGGAUGGAUCUAUGCGAGGGCUAUUAAUUUGGGAAGAUCUGGACAAACCUCGCGAUAUUGUCGUCGAUCCAAUCGGCGGCUACAUGUAUUGGUCGGACUGGGGUAAAAAACCGAAGAUUGAACGGGCCGCAAUGGAUGGCACAAUGCGCACAAUACUGAUAAGUCAAAAUUUAACUUGGCCCAAUGGUUUGGCGAUUGAUCACGCCGCUGGAAAGCUUUAUUGGGCCGACGGCGGAACAAAAGCGAUUGAGUACUCAAACUUGGACGGAACAAAUCGGGAAGUUUUAAUAGGCAGUUCAAUUUUACCGCAUCCCUUUGGUUUGGACGUAUUUGGUAAUUACGUCUAUUGGACCGAUUGGAUCACAUCAAACAUUGAAGCGGCCACCAAGUUAACGGGCUCAAAUCGCACAAUUCUUGGAUCUGGCAUCAAUGAACUUAUGGACGUGAGAGUGUUUCACAGAAGCCGAAAGAUUAUAAAAACCGCUUGCUCGAAUAACAACGGUGGUUGCACGCACUUAUGCCUAUUAAAGCCAGUAGGGUAUAGCUGCGCGUGUCCCAUAGGAAUCACACUGGCCGAGGAUGGUAAAACAUGCGGGCAGGGACCGAAAAAUUCUCUAAUUUUAGCACAUCGGGUAGACAUAAGGCAAAUAUCUUUGGAUGUACCUUAUAUAGUAGAUGUGGUGCUGCCUCUCCCACCAUUAAAGAAUGUUAUGUCAGUUGAUGUUGACCGCAAGACAGGUGAGAUCUACUGGACUGAUAAUAGUGAAGAUCUAAUACAGAAAGCAACUGCUGAUGGAAAAAACAUAACGACUGUGCUUUUCCAUGAACUACAAAUGGCAGACGGUUUAGCAAUCGACUCAACUGGUAGAAAGAUCUAUUGGACUGACGGCGGCCGAAACAGCAUCGAGGUAGCUGAAUUAGACGGUACAAAUCGAAAAUUAUUGAUUUGGGAGGAUUUAGACACACCACGCGCAAUUACAUUACAUUAUCAUCACGGACUGAUAUUUUGGUCCGAUUGGGGUACCCAUGCUAGAAUUGAGAAGGCCCACAUGGAUGGAACUAAUCGAGUUACAUUGAUAAGCACAGAUUUGGAGUGGCCAAAUGGUUUGGCAAUCGAUAGACCUUCCAAUCGUCUGUAUUGGAAUGAUGGAAAGCUUAAAGUAAUUGAGUCUUCGAACUUCGAUGGAAAAGAGAGAGUGCAAAUUAUAAGAGACGCCCUACAUCCCUAUGGCCUGGUAGUUGUCGGCAAUCACAUGUACUGGACGGAUUGGAAAACGCAAGGAUUGCAUAGGGCAGAUAAAAUAACUGGUUCAGACAGAAAGGUUAUUAGAGACAAACUGGAGGGUUUAAUGGACGUUCGAUCAGUGCAAAGCGAUAAUAUCGCCGAGAAUGCCUGUGGUACCAAUAAUGGGGGCUGUUCCCAUUUAUGUCUACGUAAUCCUCAAGGCUACUCGUGCGCGUGUCCAACUGGGGUCAAAAUGAUAAAGAGCAGUGAUAGCACAUGCGAGUUGCAACCCCAAACUUAUUUGCUCCUUGCCACUCGCGCAGCAUUGGCGCGUGUCAGUUUGGACACAGAAGAACUAUGGGAUGUUACCUUACCAAUCACAAACAUUCACCACGUGAUUGACGUAGAUUUCCAUUGGGAGAAAAAGCUAAUUUAUAUCACGGAUGUUGAUAGAGAUGUAAUACAAAGCAUUAAUAUGAAGAAUUUGUCCGAAGUGACCGACGUAGUCUCACAGAAUUUGUCAACCCCCAACGGUAUUGCAGUCGACUGGAUCGCAAACAAUAUAUACUGGACUAAUGCAGGGAAGAAACUAAUAGAAGUGUCCAGAUGGAAUGGCACAUCUCGAAAAGUCAUCAUUAUGGAAAACCUGUUAGAGCCUAGAUCAAUUACUGUAUUUCCCAGGCGUGGCUAUCUGUAUUGGUCAGAUUGGGGAGCUUCGCCGAAAAUUGAGCGCUCGUACAUGGAUGGGUCAUCGCGCAAAGCGAUUAUCACCGCAAAAUUAGGUUUUCCAAAUGGACUGGUGAUCGACUACGCAGCGAAACGGCUCUAUUGGACUGACGCCCGUUGGGAUAGAAUCGAGACGUCCGAUUUACACGGGCAAAAUAGAAUACAAUUGGUGCACAGUGAACCAAACGCGCCCACUACUCACCCUUUCGGAUUGACACAGUAUGGGGAUUAUAUGUACUGGACCGAUUGGUAUCAGAAGUUAAUUGUGCGUGCUGAUAAAGCGAGCGGAAAAAGUUCUGCAAUUAUUAGGUCGAAUUUAGAUGGGGCGAUGGGGAUUACUACUGUUAGUGCGAGUCGUCAACAAGGAUGGAAUCCAUGUGCUGAAAAUAAUGGCGGUUGCACGCAUUUGUGCUUUUUCAAAGCCCGGAACUACACUUGCGGUUGUCCAGAUGAAAACGACGGGAACAAAACCUGCCACCAUGAGCCCUCUACCUGGUUACCUGUGAAACGCCCUGAUAAAGACUAUGAUGAUGACGAUGAUCUGUACAGCGGACCCGAUAUCGAUUCAAACGAAAUUCCACCAGAAGCACCCAGAACAGGCCUAAUGUAUAACAGAAUACUACUGACGCUUGUAGUACUGCUCAGUGCAGUUUCCCUAUUGAUGGCAGUACCGUGUAUGUUACUUUUGUAUCGUAAACAGAAAAAGAAGUACUUGUAUUCAACUGGGAGGAGUGUGAUGACCUUUUCAAAUCCCAAUUACUACACAUCUAACAACGACUCAGGACAACAGGGAACGUCGAAUACUGUCGACAAAAAACCAUUCAUAUGGAAAAGAUUGAAGUAUGACAAAUCACAGGAGAGGGUAUACGAGGAAAAAACGGGAGGAAAUAGUCCGGAAGUUGCGAGCCUAAUAGCGAACGUACUAACUCCAAGUAGUUCAAAUUGCGAGGCAAUCACCCCUGAAUUGCAGCACUCUCCGACUGUAACUCCAUUGCAUCGCACCGAAACGGUUCAGCCCGUAAUGUAAACCGUAGAAAACAACCGACUUCCCCUGCACGUGCCAAAUUUUUUUCAACAUACCAAAUAAUUGAACUAGUCACCUAUCGUUUACUAAUGGAUAAUACAAGGUUCGCGUCGCAAUUAUUGUAAAUAAUUGACUGUCAAAUUAAGGUGACUGACAAUAAAUUAAGUUUUAAUAGAAGAAUGGAACAAAACAGUAGGGCUGUUAUAAAACUGAAA